AUGGGUCUCGGCAAGCGUGGCGUCGCCAAUUGUCGCUCUCCCUCUGAACCGCGCAUCUUCCCUAGCUCAGGGUGGGAUCAAAUUGACCCUUCUUCCUGGGUGGAAGAAGAAACUAUUCCAACGUAUAGACCCGAGAGGUUUUAUCCAGCGCACAUUGGCGAGGUGUUCAAUCGUCGAUAUCAAAUAGUUGGCAAAUUGGGCUACGGAUCCAGCGCCACCGUGUGGCUAUGCCGUGAUUUAUUAGAAAACCGUUAUAUAACCUUGAAAAUAAACACAGCAUCGAAAUCAGUCACUCAUGAGAUCGAAAUCUACAACCAUCUAAGGACUGUCCAGUCCGAUCAUGCGGGCCUUUCGUGCCUGCGCUCCUUGACUGACGUUUUUGAGACUCACAGCCCAGAUGGAAAGAGCCUGCACACUUGCCUAGUGCACCCGCCUCUCGGGAUCAGUCUCGCUCAACUUACGCCACUACUCCCGGAGGGCAUGAUGACCACUGGCAUGGUGAGAACCACCAUCCGCAAUGUCCUAGCCGCUUUGGACUUUCUUCACACCGAGGCGCGGGUUAUACAUACUGACCUUCAAACAAACAAUAUUCUCCUUGGGAUAAAGGAUGAUUCAAUUCUGUCCAAGUUCGAGCAGGCGGAACUAGAAAAUCCCAUUCCGCGAAAGGUCCUUGAAGACCGUACUAUUUACCUCUCAAGGCCGCUUCCUAUCUCCUUUGGCACGCCUGUUCUCUGUGAUUUAGGUGAGGCGCGACUAGGUACCGACAAUCAACGGGGCGAUAUCAUGCCGGAUAUUUAUCGGGCCCCCGAAGUCAUUCUGGACAUGACGUGGGACUAUAAAGUUGACAUCUGGAAUGUGGGCAUGGUGAUCUGUGAUCUCUUCGAGCAUCGUCAUCUUUUCCGGGCCCGGAAUCCAGAACGUAAACUAGAUGAUGCAUAUCAUCUUGCCGAAAUGAAGGCAAUUCUGGGGACCCCUCCCCGUGAGUUCCUUGCUCGGAGCGACAGGAGCGAUUUGUUCUGGGACAAAGAGGGCCAUUGGAAAGACACAGCUCCUCUCCCGGAUUAUAACAUCGAAACUUUGGAAGAACGACUCGAAGGUGAUGAAAAGGAUGAUUUCUUACGAUUUCUUCGACGGAUGUUAUGUUGGUUACCAGAAGAAAGAGCCACUGCAAAAGAGCUUCUGUUUGAUCCGUGGUUGAUGCAUGGCCUUUUUAAAUGA